AGGAACCUUCAGGGAUGGAGGGACAGGGCGGCGGAGGUUCCGUGUCCAACGUGGAGCUGUGUAACUUGGCUUACGCGGGGCAGCUGGAGGAGGUCAAGGAGCGGCUGCACGCCAACCGGAGCCUGGCGACACGCGCCGAUCAGGACAAUAGGACAGCUCUACAUUGGGCCUGUUCAGCUGGUCAUUUGGAUAUUGUUGACUUUUUGCUAAGUCUGGGAGUGCCUGUUAAUGACAAGGAUGAUAUUGCGCUGAUGCUGCUGGAGAACAAAGCUAAUCCAGAUGCAAAGGAUCACUUGGCCUCAACACCGUUACACAGAGCAGCCUCCAAAGGGAAUCAGAAAAUGAUACAGAUCCUUCUGAAGCACAAUGCUUCAGUCAACUUACAGGAUUCUGAAGGAAACACACCUCUCCACUUAGCAUGCGAUGAAGCGCGGGUGGACGAAGCAAAGCUCCUGGUGUCCCACGGGGCGAGCAUCGACAUUGAGAACAAAGAAGAAAAGACCCCUUUGAAGGUUGCAAAAGGAGGUCUGGCCUCCAUCCUCCGAAGGCUGGCUGAGGGGUAACUGCUAUGGGCAACCUAAAUUCCUUUCUGCGUAAAGCUAUGAAAGACUGUUCAUAAGAGGGUUUUAAAAAGAAAAAUCAGUCUGCAUCUGCCACAACUUUCUACUUUCCCAUCUGACCAUCCUCCGAAAAAGUCUCCUUGUGUUAACAAAACUUAACAACUGUUUUUUUGCCAAAUCUUGUUGUCCUGUUGGAAAGCAGUUUCAAAAUAACUCUUUCCGCCUGCUUUCAUAUAGGAAAGGAAUCUGACCUCUUAUCUUGCAAGAAGAGGUAAAUAAAAGGAAGACUGUUACCUGUAAAAACGGGCCCUGUAUUCAAGAAUUCCCCAACCUUUCUGGCAUUGCAGCCCAGGCGGGGUGGGGGUGGGGGAUGGUUCCGCAGAGCAUGGGCAGGUCCGUUGCACGAGAGGCAGGCACACACGCCUGCCGCUCGCACAGAUGGAGCACACGAUUUUGUCCAUUACUCACGCAAGCUGUGAUGUAUGCACGCACACCACUUCUGCGCCCCGGUUCUGAACGGUUUGAGGCCCACUAGUGGGCCACAGCCCAGGGUUGGGGGGGGGGGGCUGCUUUAUUCCUUCAGGUCAUUUUCUUGUGUAUUUAGUAAAAGUCAAAAGCUCGUGUGUGGUGGCUCAGAAAUUGAGCACGCCUGGCCAAAACUCAAAGCUGCAGAAUCUCUUGCCCUCCAGAACUACAAUUCCCAGCAGCCAACUGGGAGCAGCAGUAGAGAAUUCUGGGAAUUGUACAUCUGGAGGGCCACUGGUUUCUGCUGCCUCCCUGGAUUUUUUUAUUGUAAUAUUUUUGGAGUCUUUUUGCAAGUAUCGUUGGCUUCCUCCUCCUACCUCCUGUAUGCAGUAAAUGAUCGGAGUUGAGCAUUAUGGAUAGGAAGCUGAUAGAUUUAAACUUAGUUCGGGAAAGGUGCAGGUAGCAUAAAUUGUUCCUUGCGAAUAAAAGCUAAUGUAGUUGA